CUCGGGGAAACGUGUACUCUACCGGUGGAAACAACGAAGGUCAGCUAGGUCUGGGAGACUGUGAGGAGAGGACAGCCUUCCAAUUGGUGGACUUCUUCAGUUCACAUGGACCAAUCAAAAUGCUUGCUGCCGGCUCCAACACCUCUGCUGCCCUCACGGAGAGUGGGACGCUGUUCAUGUGGGGUGACAACACUGAGGGUCAGAUCGGCCUGGGGAAGGAGAGCAGUGCCCUGACCCCCCAGGAGGUCACUGUGGGUCGGCCAGUGGCCUGGGUGUCCUGUGGGUACUACCACUCUGCCUUCGUCACUGUUGACGGGGGCCUGUACACAUUUGGGGAGCGCGACAGCGGCAAACUGGGCCUGGCCACGGGUCAGCUGGAUGGACACCGCGUGCCCCAGCUGGUGAAGGGCAUCACAGACCAGGUGACCCAGGUGGCAUGUGGAGGCGGGCACACCGUGGCUGUGACAGGCCUGUUUACCCGUGUGACAGCCAGUGUGGUUCUCCUCCACACAUUCACCUGUCGUACUCGCCCGUUCCUGAAUGAUCCACCGCUCUGGCAGCCUCGCCUCAAGAUGAAGGUCCCUGCCAGCUGA